UGCUCGCAGCCCUUUUGUACGCGGCGAGAUGCAGCUGUCAGCCCGCCCGGCUCCCCAUCCCCGCUCGCUGCCGGACUAGGAAUGGGCAGGAGGAGCUCGCCCGUUGCCCUCCUGGUGGCCCUGUGGCUCGGCCAGCUGGCUGCGUGGGCAGCGGGACGCCCCAAGGUGAACCCCAGGAUCAUCGCGGCUCCCCAAGGUGCCAAGGAAUAUGUGUUCCCGCGGACGGAGAGAUUCCCGGUGUUCUUCCACCAGGAAAACACCUCCUCCAUCUACGUUGGGGGUGAGGGGCGGCUCUACUACUACGACUUUGCGACCCGUGAGAACUACACGGAAGAGUUCCCGGUGAAAAAUGAAGGCCAGUGCGUGACGUCUGGGAAUUUGGAGGACAGCCGGAAUUACCUGACCCUGGUGGAGCAGUACGGGGACGGGCUCUUGGUGUGCGGGACCGGCGCCUGCGCUCCCACCUGCUGGAAUGUGACGCAGAGGAAAGAGAGCCCGCCCUGGGAUGGGAGAGGGAUCGCUCCGUUUACCCCCGACUCCAACACCCUCGUUGUUGUCGAUGGCCAGGACAUCUACUCCACCAUCAAGAAGAGCCAGCAGAACGGGAAAAUCCCUCGAUUCCGGCGCGUCAGGGGCGGAGGAGAGCUCUACACCAGCGACACGGUGAUGCAGAACCCGCAGUUUGUCAAGGCCACCACACUGAGGCACGAGGAGCCUCACCAGGACAAGAUUUAUUACUUCUUCCGCGAGGACAACCCGGACAAGAGCCCCGAGGCGCCCCGGAACAUCUCACGGGUGGCCCAGCUGUGCAAGGAGGACAAGGGAGGAACCAGCUCCCUCUCAGCCUCCAAGUGGACCACGUUCCUCAAGGCCACCCUGAUCUGCGUGGACCCCGUCACCAAGGGCAACUUCAACUGGCUGCAGGACGUCUUCUUCGUCCCCGCAGACGACUGGCGGCGCUCCAAGGUCUACGGGCUCUUCACCAACACCUGGGGAAGCUCUGCUGUCUGCGUCUACUCCUUCGGGGACAUCGACAAUGUCUUCCAGACCUCGCGGCUCAAAGGCUACAACGGCCCCACCCCAGAGGUCAAACCUGGCCAGUGCGUCCCCUCCGGGCAGCACACACCGAGCGAGACCUUCAAGAUUGCCGACAGCCACCCCGAGGUGGAGGAGCGUGUGGAGCCACUGUCCCCCUCCCGGAGCCCCCUGUUCCACAACAAACACCGCUACCAGAGGAUCGGCGUGCACGAGGUGGCCGCGGGUGAUGGGCAGCGCCACAAUGUCCUCUACCUGGCCACAGACAAGGGGUCCAUCCACAAGGUGGUGGAGCUGCCAGACGGCGUGCAGAACAUCAUGGAGAUCCAGGUGUUCCCCAACAAGGAUCCCAUCCAGUCCAUGAUCCUGGACCACGCCAGGGCCGUGCUCUACGUGGGCUCCGGCAGCCGCGUCCUGGAGCUGCCCAUGGACAUGUGCGGGGCCUACCGCAACAACUGCCACAGCUGCGUGCUGGCCAGGGACCCCUACUGCGGCUGGGCCAACGGUUCCUGCCUCUCGCUGGCCCGCAGCCGGGAGGUGCUCCAGAACCUGAACUUGGACUCGUGGCGAGGAAGCUGCCAGAGGGGCGAUGUCAAGGAAGGUGACUUCCGCAACAUCUCGGUGAUGCCCUACUCCCGCUAUUACCUCAACUGCUCCAUCGAGUCCCACUACGCCACCUACAACUGGUACCACGAGGACGUGCUCAUCAAGAGCUGCAACACGUCCCACCCGCAGCACGACUGCUUCCACUUCAUCCCCAGCGUCCGCCGCGAGCACUACGGCCACUACGUCUGCGUGUCCGAGGAGGACGGCUUCCGCCAGGCUCUGGUCAAGGAGCGCCUGCUGGACCGCCUGCGCUUCCUGUCCCAUUAUGAGGAAAAUGAGCUUCCAGCCCCGCCCUGA